AUGAAUGAAUUGACUCCCCCAGCCACCAUUGACAGUACUACGUCGUCAUUGUUGCAACAUCGACGUGCUACAAAUAUAAACCAGCAACGACUUCCUUUUGUUCAUCGCUUCUCUUCUUCCAGACGCCAUCGCAGUCCAAUGACAUCUCCAUCAGAAACACUUGUUCCAGAAACAGCAGAAUUAGUCCUCAAGGUUCAUAUCAUUCAAGCACGCAGUUUGAGCCGAGAAGAAGAGUUUAAUGCUCCGAGUCCUUUUGUCGACGUCUGUUUUGGUGGCAUAAGACACAGAACAGAUACUAUCAAGAAGUCCUCGGACCCAGCUUGGGAUUGUUCGUUUGAAUUCAAUCUUUCGAGUGAUAUUCUCGGGCAUAAGAAGCGAAUGCGUGCAUUAAAGCGCCACGGCUUGACUUUUAAUGUGUAUAGCAAAGACAGGUUUACUUGUAUCUUUUUAGGCCGAGUGAAUUGGCCACUUGAUCAACUGUUUGAACCAAACCAGACUGCGUUUGAAGAGAAUGAAGCUAAAUGGUAUUCAUUGUCAUCACACAUUCGUCGACGUAAACGGUUUCAUUUAAAAAAGAAGCGCCAAGAUAUCAUGGCUGAGACAGAGCAAGGCGAGAUCUAUUUACAGUAUGGCCUAGAAUACAAAACAGACAAGGGUACUGCUCACACAGAUACGAUGUGGGAAGAAUGGCAAUCUCUAUUGGACGACAAGGAAAAUGAAUCCGCUGAAGCAGAAAUUGAUGCAACCGAUUUAUCUGUACCUGAAAUGAGAACAAGCUCAAGCACUACAUCCUUUAGUCAACGCUUAAAAAAUCCAUUGAAAAAGGACAAUUCCAGUUCUUCUGUUAACAGCCUUGUGCCUCAAUCAGAAAAAAGAAGAGGCAGAAGAAGAAAGCUUAGAAGUAAAUUUAGCCGAAAGCGCCCCAACAAAAGCAAUAACAACUAUGCAAAGUUCUUCUCUAAUGUAACAGGUAUUACGUUUUUAGAGAUCGAAAGUGCACAAGAUUUGCCGCCUGAACGUAAUGUCACACGCACAGGAUUUGAUAUGGACCCAUUUGUGAUUGUAACCUAUGGUGUCUGUACGUUUCGCACACGCGCUAUUCGUCAUAAUUUGAACCCUGUCUGGAAUGAAAAGCUCUUUUUCCAUGUCAAGAGUACGCAAGAGAAUUACAAGCUCAAGUUUGCGGUGUAUGAUAAAGACAAGUUUUCUAGCAAUGAUUUUGUAGCAUCUCAAGAAAUCAUAUUGGCAGACAUCUUGAGCAAGACACAACAAGAUGUCGAUUCAUCUCAGGUGCAAGGUGAUCACACACCAUUUGAUGAAAUUGAUCGAAGCAUGGGAAGAUGCACUAUUCCUCUUACUCUGGCCAAGCCUGAUAAAUGGACAAAUCAACCUACCUUAACAUUUCGCGCUAAAUUUGUGCCUUAUGUUGAAAUCAGAAAAAUGUUCUGGGUUGCUUUAGCAAGAACGUGCGACUCUGACAACUCAAAUACGAUGAGUCGACUUGAAGUACAAACCAUGCUUGAAACACUGGGCUCUAAUAUCUCUGAGGCCACUCUAGACAAGAUCUGGAAAGAAAAUGGUAAAGAUCCUUCAGAAGACUUAACAAUGGAUGAACUAGUGAAAAGCCUCGAAUCUUUUAUGCUUAAUUUGGAUACAGAAGAAGGCAAUAUUGAUCCUAAUACUAUUGUUGAGACAGAGAAGGAUGUACCUGUUGAUAUGAGCCAAAGCAAGACAUCCAAUCCUUUCUUUUUAAAUGGUUCAGAUGAUGAAGAAGAAGAAACAAGUGAUGCUUAUGAUGAAUCUGCUAUAAGUGAUAGUAAUAGUAGUAGCGACGUCGAAUACGAUAGUUAUGGUGAAUAUGAUGAUACCUAUGAUACCAAUACUACUACACCUCAAACCCCUGAUGAAGCAGACUAUGAAGCUUUGGCUGAAGCAGAUGGUAUUCAAUAUGUUGAAGGCCCUUUGCACUCUUUAAAACUUCAACAAAGACAUGAAGCUGAACAUGACCUAGAAGCAGAAGACCAAGAUGACAAGCCUACUCAAGAAAAAGUUAUUCGACUAAAAGAAUGUCCUAUUUGUCACAAACCAAACUUAUCCAAGCGUAUGCAGAUGGAUAUUGUAACGCAUGUUGCCACUUGUGCUGCUAAUGAUUGGACUACAGUGGAUCGCUUCCUUAUGGGUAACUUUGGUACUGAGGCCCAAGCGCAAAGAAGAUGGUUUGUUAAGCUUGUAAGCAAAGUAAGCUAUGGAAAGUAUUCAGCAGGACAGAAUAAUGCCAAUAUCAUUGUUCAAGACCGUUCUACAGGCCAAUUGAUUGAUGAACGCAUGAGUGUUUAUAUUCGAUUAGGCAUGCGACUCUUGUACAAAGGCAUGAAGACUGGUAUCCAAUCAAAGACAGCUCAACGAAUCCUAACUAAUAUGACUAUCAAGCAAGGCCGUCGUUUUGAUCACCCUCUUUCUAAGCGAGAAAUUGGUCCCUUUAUUAAGUUCCAUAAACUCGACAUGAGUCAAGUCUUGGAACCUGUUGAAAGCUUCGAGACGUUCAAUGAGUUCUUUUACCGCAAACUUAAGCCUGAUGCUCGUCCUUGUGAUGCAAAAGACAAUAAGCGAGUCGUUGUAAGUCCUGCUGAUUGUCGUAUGUUAGCUUUCCCUACAGUGGAUGAUGCUACUCGUAUUUGGAUCAAGGGUAUUGAAUUCAGUCUAUCCAAGUUACUUGAUGAUCCACACGAAGCUCAAGCAUUUGAUGGAGGAGCCUUGGCUAUUUUCCGACUCGCACCACAAGACUACCAUCGAUAUCACUCACCUGUAGACGGUACCAUUCGUAAAAUACAUCAUGUUGAAGGACAAUACUACACUGUAAAUCCUAUGGCUAUCCGAACCACAUUGGAUGUCUAUGGUGACAAUAAGCGAGAUGUAGUCUAUAUGGACACAGAGGUAUUUGGCAAAGUAGCCAUUGUCUGUAUUGGUGCCAUGAUGGUGGGCUCUAUUAUCUUGACAGCCAAGGAAGGUGAUUAUUUAGGAAGAACAGAUGAACUAGGUUACUUUGCCUUUGGCGGAAGCACGCUUGUUGUGCUAUUCGAAAAGAAUGCAAUCCGAUUUGAUGAAGACUUGAUUGAGAAUGCCAACAAUUCAUUAGAAACUUUGGUUCGUGUUGGUAAUCAUAUUGGUAUACGUCCUUGA